AUGUACCAAACAAACAUGGCGGAAAGCACUCAAAAUGUCGAUAAACAAAGUGAAGGAAGUUCUGUGAGUGAAACCAUCAAUAAGCAGGGGUGGUUAUCUAAACGGAGUCGUCUUUCCAAACGCUGGGACAAGCGGUGGUGCUGUUUAAGGAAAAAUGAACUAACUUAUGGCUUAACAGCAGAGGUAAACUUGAGUUCAAAGUUUAGCGUCAACUUGUUAUCGACUUGAAAAUGUGACGGUCAUGCACGAGCUAUGAAGUAUGACUGAUCUAGUGAAAUUUAAUAAAAGUUAUUUUGGAUAAAAUAUCUCUAGAUCUGCAGUUUGGAAUCAACGUAGCGUCUUUAGAAUGAAGGACCGACCUUAAGUCUGUUGUUUAUACGAGUACAUUCGUGAAUUUCAACAAAUUUCUUUAGACGAUCAUAGAUCACGGUCCUUCGUACUCCAGGACUUUUCUGCAGACUUUGGACGAUAGCUAAUGGAUUAAGAUUGAAGUACAAUACAUAUAUUUUCAUAUUCCUGUAAUUUAUUUAAAUUUAGGCUUAUCUUUAAUUUCAUCUUGAGAGUAACUUGUGUCUCCUGAUUUUUUAAGAUUUGUAAAUUAAAGUACUUGAGAUUGCUACCUGAGGUUUCCGCUCACCCAAGUAGAGUAUAUUUGCUCUGUAAAAAGAACAGAAAAUAUAGUAAUGAAAUAUAAUAAAUAUCUCAAUUAUCUUGUUUUCCUGGGCUUUAUACGGUAAGUUGUAGAACCUCAUUUUUUUCCCCUUGGAUUUGUGACUUGUGCACUUUGUGUUUGGGCCAUAAAUCCGAGAGGAAAAACGGGGCCCGUAACAUACAAUACGGACCUCAGACUUGGGUAGUAGGAGGUAUUUAUUUGCCUCUGUGGAAGCAAAUGUAAGUAAGUUUUUGAUUUUAUAAACCUGACAAGCAUGAUGUUAAAACAAGUUAACUUAAACAUGAGGUGCAUCUCACUCUUUUAAUUAUAAUUUACUAUUGUUAUCAUUUGUAGAAUCAAGAGAAAGUAGUUCUAUUGGAGGGAUGUGAGAUGUCAGAUUGCAACAUUGACAAAAAACAGUUUGCCUUUAGAAUAAAGCCCAGCGGAGGAAGACGCGUCUACUUUUUUUCGGCUGACAGCGAACAGGAACAGCAGGAGUGGCUGCAGGCAAUAUGCUUUGCUAAGGCAUCAGGCAACAUGGGGGAUGGAUCGCAAGCUUGUACAAUACAAUAACAGCUACAGUGCUGUUAUCAAACAUUUUAGAAGCUUAAUCUCAAGCUCAGAAAACUGUGAACACCAGAAAUAUUUUGAGAAUGUUUUGUUUAAAGAAGAAAUUAGGAAGAUAUAAGAUACAAGUGUGUGAAUAGGCCAUCAUUAUUAUAUCACAUUUCUCUGUUUGUAGGGAGAUUUGAGACAAGUUGGGAGAGUUGAGCUGGGGAUCUGACAUAACAUUUUCAGUGCUAAGCCCCUUGCAGAUCUUUGGCUUAGCUCAAGGCCUCACAUCAUGAGUGAUGGAAUGCUUGUGCUGAAAUGCUUAUUAUGAGGGCAUGGUCACACACCAUUGAAAUACAAAACACAAGUGUUUUGUUAUAUAAUUUGCUUUCUUUACCUGAUCUUCAGUGCAGUUAGUCAUGAUGUGAUGUAUUUUUCAUACACAACUCUCUGAAAUAUUCCAGGUGUUCACUGUUUGCUGAGUCUCUAAGAAAAGAAUAUUAUUUUAAACCCAGCAGGAGAAAGAGGUCAAGUAAAACUUGAUGGAUGUUACACCUUAAUUUAUAAUGAACAUGUUAUUAAUGUUAUUCUUUAUAUUUUAUUCAUCAAUCUUGUACAAAGCACAAGCCAGUGGUUAUGUAUUGUAGGCUAUAUUUACUUUAGCUAGUUUGGAGUUAAUUUAACCCUUUAAACCCAGUGAGUGAUCAUCAUCUAAUUUCUCUUAGCAGUAAUACUGCUGAAUCAUUAAUUAAGAUGGUGAGAAUAUAGGAAAUGAUCACCAGCCUAAGAAGCUUUGAUUGUUACACAAAUUCUUGUUGUGAGCACUAAAACAAAUGUGAAGAGAAGAGUGUUGAGAAUGUGGAUACUGGUGUUAGGAUUUAAAGUAUACACAUAUUUAUGAAUUAAUGUUUGUAAAAAUGAAAAAAAUCUUGGGAUAAAUUUUUUUAUGUCUUUGUUAAUUUGCCCUGAUUGAGUGGGAUUUAAAAAAAAAAAAUGUGGAUGCUCUUGCCAUUCUAUUACAUAUUUCCCUGCACCUCCCCAAAACCUUUCUUCAGGUUAUCUUAACAGUUGGAUUGUACUCAUUUUUACCCCCUGGUGGAGAGACACAAUGACCUGGCCAGGUCUGGAACCAGGACACCUCCCUCCUCCCCCCUUAGUGUACAAACUGGUAGGAAGAUAAGUGGGUAAUGGAUAAGUCUCCAGGAAACUGUAAAUGAAAAUUCUUGAAGAAACUGUUGCAAGAAAUGCUAUUGCAACUGUAUGUAAAUGAACUGCAGGACUGUGAAAUGAAAUACAAUUAGAAUUUACUGCUCAGAAAACAUUAAUUAACAGAUUCUCAUGUAACUUUCAGUCAUUAGUGCAUACACUGAUUGUGAGUAGAAAGCUUGCCAGCUUUAAAUGUUUGGAUUAUUCUGCAUAUUUACUUUAACUACGAUGGA